AUGAGUGGAUCGGAGAAUCGCUGCCGCUUCCAAAAGGAGGUGGACAAAUUUUUUGAUACGCUUCGAGAACGAACGCUGCGGGACCACCCGCAAGAAUUAUGUGAAUAUUUAAUGGAGAACGCCAAAAAGGUUGCAGCGGAAUUGAGGGGGGAAGUGUGCGAACGCAUCCCCGAUGCCGUCUCACCGGAAUUGCGAAGUCGGGCCCUCACCAUCGUGGUACUCGGUGCAAGCGGGGACUUGGCCAAAAAGAAGACCUUUCCGGCGCUUUUUCAGUUAUACUGCAACGGCAUGCUACCUCGGGAUGUCAACAUUCUCGGGUAUGCCCGCUCCACAAUGGAGGAUGUGGAAAAGUGGAAAAAGGACACUCUUGCCGGAUUCUUUACUCGUCUGGAUGAGCGCGGAUGUCAUGUGGGUAACUUUUUGAGACGGAUCAGUUACAUGACCGGGUCGUAUGAUCGCGACGAGGACUUUGCACGCCUGAACGAGAGGAUUCUUCGGAUGGAAGAGGCCUUCCAGGGGCCGGAAAAAGGGGGAAAUCGACUUUUUUACCUUGCGCUGCCACCUUCCGUUUUUGUGGGCGUUUGCCGGGGUCUCAGCAAAGGGGCGAUGCAAAAGCCAGAAUUGGGUUGGGUCCGUCUCAUUGUUGAGAAGCCCUUUGGCCGGGACACGGAGACCUCCGAGCAGCUCUCAAAUCAGCUGAAGCCUCUCUUCAAUGAACGCCAGGUAUUCCGCAUUGACCACUACUUGGGGAAGGAAAUGGUGCAGAAUAUUAUUGUCACCCGUUUUGCUAACCGCGUUUUUAGCGCGCUGUGGAACAGUAACAGCAUUGCAUGCGUCCAAAUUACAUUCAAGGAGAAAAUCGGCACGGCGGGACGUGGUGGGUACUUUGACAGUAUUGGAAUCAUCCGUGACGUGAUCCAGAACCACCUCACACAGAUUCUUUCUUUAUUGACGAUGGAAAAGCCGCGUUCACUCAGUGCUGAGGACAUCCGUGAUGAAAAGGUCCAAGUUCUCAGACAAGUGGUCCCUGCGAACCCAGCAGAGUGUGUGCUGGGUCAGUACACGGCCUCCGCAGAUGGUUCUACACCUGGCUACCUUGACGACCCCUCUGUACCGAAGGGCAGCCAUUGCCCCACCUUUGCUGUGCUUCGACUGCACGUGAACAAUGACAGGUGGCACGGUGUCCCUUUUAUCAUCCGGGCCGGAAAGGCACUCGAAGAGCGUCUGCUUGAUAUCCGUAUUCAGUUCAAGGACGAAAUACGUCCCUUCGGUGAAAGCACGCAGCGCAAUGAACUUGUGAUCCGCGCCCAGCCGUCGGAGGCGAUGUAUCUGAAACUCACUGCAAAGACACCGGGGCUGCUGAACGAUACCCAUCAGACGGAACUUGACCUCACGUACGAGCGGCGCUACGACGUUACACUUCCGGAUGCGUAUGAGAGUCUUAUUCACGAAGCUCUUCUCGGGAACUCGACCAACUUUGUUCGUGUAGACGAGUUGGACGCUGCAUGGCGGAUUUACACACCGCUUCUCCACGCCAUUGAUCGCGGGGAGGUGAAGGUACUGCCCUACGCGGCGGGUUCGUGCGGGCCAGAGGAAGCCCAGGAGUUUAUUCGAAUUUCCGGAUAUAAGACAACAAAUGGCAACGCAUAUAAGUGCUCAAACGCGUAA